GGACGGCUCUGGCAUUCCUGCACAUCUGGGAGUGGGCAAAGGAGGCCGCCCGAUGCUUAGGCAGAGGUCUGGGGCAGCCCUGCCCUGCUACCCGCAGGCGUGAACCUUCCCUGGGAAGAGAAGAUGGCCCAGAGGAGCCCAAACUUCUCCACCCUCGGCCCGACCGAAAGGCGCAUCCGGAACUUCCCGCUGCACAGCCAGGCCCUGACAGCAGUUCCGCUGGGCUCCGCCCGCCUGAUGGACCAGCUGGAGGACCGGAUCCUCAGCCAUGAGAAGACCACGGCGGCCCUGGUGGAGCACGCCUUCCGCAUCAAGGAGGACAUCGUCUCCACGCUGCACCACAUGCAGCACAAGGGCGGCGGGGACCGGCUGGCCAGGCAGCUGCUGGAGGAACACAUCCGCAACAUCACCGCCAUUGUCCGGCAGCUGAACCGGGACAUCGAGACUCUGCAGGAGCAAAUCCGGGUCAGGGACAACCUGAGCUAUGGGACAAACUCCACCUUGAAGAGCCUGGAGAUGCGGCAGCUGUCUGGGCUGGGGGACCUUCGUGGACGGGUUUCCAGGUGCGACGCAGGGCUGGCCAGAGUCUCUGCCGAGCAUAAGGUCACCUACGAGAGGCUCCAGAGCCUCAGCAAAGAGCAGCAAGCGACCAAGUUGGUCCUGGAGUCCAAAAUCAAGGAAACAGAGAUACAGGAAAUGGACAGCAGGGCCCUGGAGGGGCAGCUGAGCGAGAUCCACGGGAAGCUGCAGAAAAUGGAGGCUGGACAGAAAUGUGCAGCCCAGGAGCCGGAGGCGAACCAGGCCGAGGACAGGAUGAGUGUCCAGCUCAGCAAACUCCAGUCCGAUUUCACUGAGGACAUCAAGGAAGUUAAGGCAGAGGUUAGCGCUGGACUCAGCACCAUCUAUGAGAGCAUCGGAUCCCUGCAGCAGGUCCUGGAAUCGAAAAUGAAGCUGGACAAGGAGGAGCUGCAGAAGCAGAUCCAGCAGCUGAAGUGA